UUCAUUUAUUUGUGUACACUACAAGAUCAUCAUCAUGAUAAGUUGGACUACAAAUUUAAAAAAUCGAAACGAGCUCGUUUUUUAUUUUGUUAUGCGGUCAACCCUAUACAGUAGUGCUCUAUAGUGUUCAAAUUUCGCCGGCGGCAGUGUUGACAAUCUCUAAAUUCUAGCUGUUGUUAUUCCAUUCUCGGAAGAAGAAGAGAAAACACGCACAUUUUCCACAAUCUGAUAAAAAAAAUUAUUAAGGGAAAAAGCACACAAACAUUGCACAUACAUAAUAAAAAAAUAUGCCGCGUCCGCCGAAAAGAAAUAACACUGAGAAUGAGGCGGAGAAAACUAAGCAGGAGCAGCCGUGCGACCAAUCCGAAGACAUCGCGGAUUUCACAAACCAAGCUUUCAAGAAUGUCGUGGCCGCCACCCGUGCAUCGAAUGCCUUUCCUCAGGGCCCCACCCGCUCCCUGUAUCUCACCUAUCCGGGGUUUGCACGUGCCAUGGACAACCUGUCCCAGCGUGUGGUGGGGCUGAUCGGGAACGUACUGCAUGCCAAGGAAGUCAAGGACGACAUCAGGAAACGCGCACUGGACGAGCAGUUUGAGCUGGUGCAGGAGUGCAAUGACAUGAUAUUUGAGCGUAUUACCACAAAUUUGGACAUUAAGAGCGGCCUGCGCAGAAAUCCACAGCAAGUGGUUGAGGCCCAGGUGGAUGUCAUUAGUAGCAACUCUUCAUCAGCAGAAGCAUCAACAGGUAGCUCAUCUCAAGCCGAAACACCGAAGGCGGGUAGCUGGAAUAAAACGACACCACAGCGGAACACAUUUUCCGCUCGCCUUUUUACGGUCAAAAAUAUUGUGCGACCACAAACGCAGUUUAAGGAACCAGUGGACAAUAGUGCACAGAAUCCGUUUUGUCCACGGCUCAAAGAGAAGCCCAACUCGCUGAAGCCGCUGGCACUGUUGGCUGAAUACGACGAAGUUGGAAAUAUUCAGUCUUAUCUGCACCCAUACGAGUUUGAGCUGCUGAAGUUUGAACCCCCAACGGAGCAGCUGCAGAAACAGAAGCCAAUAUUGCCAUCCCUAAUGGCCGACACAGAACUGAUGCUGGUAGACACGGUGGAGAAGCUAAAAGUAGCAUUGGAGGAGCUGAGUCUGGCCGCGCAGAUUGCGAUCGAUGUGGAGCACCACUCGUACCGCACCUUCAUGGGCAUUACUUGCCUUGUCCAAAUGUCCACACGCUCCAAGGACUAUAUUUUUGAUACCCUUACCCUGCGGGAUGAGAUGCACAUAUUGAAUCAGGUGCUGACGGAUCCUAAGAAGCUAAAGAUCCUGCACGGUGCCGACUUGGACAUUGAGUGGCUGCAGCGUGACCUAUCAUUGUAUAUUGUCAACAUGUUCGACACGCACCGGGCAGCGAAAGCCCUAAACAUGGCCAAGUUAUCGUUGGCAUUUCUGUUGAAACACUAUCUGGAUCUGGAUGUGGACAAGAGCCUGCAGCUGGCCGAUUGGCGGAUGCGACCAUUGCCUCAGCAAUUGGUCGACUAUGCCCGCCAGGAUACUCACUUCCUCAUUUACGUUUACGAACGGAUGACCAACGAUCUCCUGCAGCAGCAGGCUGAGCCGGGUCUGUUGAAUACCGUAUAUCAAAUGAGCACGGAUGUGUGCAAGAAGCGAUACAGUAAGCCCCACAUCGGGCCGGAAUCCCACCUGGAUUUGGUGCGAAAGACGAAGCGUUCAUUUGACAAUCGGCAGCUUUAUGCUCUUCGUGGGAUCUUUGAGUGGCGGGAUGCGACGGCGCGGUCCGAAGACGAGAGUUAUGGCUACGUCUUGCCCAAUCACAUGAUGCUUCAGAUCGCAGAGAGCUUGCCGCGCGAGAUGCAAGGCAUCUUGGCUUGCUGCAAUCCCAUUCCGCCGUUGGUGCGGCAACAUCUGCACGCGCUCCAUCAGAUCGUUCUGAAGGCACGCGAUCAGCCGCUGAUCAAACCAAUUUCGGAGGCCCGCAGCAGCACUCAGGCAUCAUUGCCGCCCUCCACAAAAGAUUUCGGCAGCAAACUCUACUGUCCGCACGAUUUUUCGCAUCAGGAGGAGGUUCGUGACGAUCUGCCUACACUGCUUAAACGUAGCUCCGUGGGAAAACUCCAGCUGGUCCGGCAAGAGGUUAUUACCAAGGAAAAUCUAUUUGUUCCACCGGCAAUGUCUCUAUUCGACAAGCCACCGAAACCCACUCAAGAGGAAGAACUUCGUUGGGCCCAUCUGCGCAAGGAGAGCCAGAUGCUUCGCAUGCCCUACAAGCGGUACUUGGCCAUCCUGCCAUUAAUGGAAAAGCUAAAGGCUGACCAGAUUGCCCGGGAGCGUAGUGAACAGCUCAAAAGGCGUCUGUGUCCGACAGAACCACCGCCGGCGCAAAAUAUCAAACUUGAUGCCGCACCUGCUGUCAAAGAAGACGUGGAGGAUCCCAUUUACUCCCUGCCUCUCAAGGAACAACUCAAACGAAAGCACGCAGCAAAUCGAAAACCAGACUCAGCGGAUCAGCAGCCAACCACCAGCAAAAGAGCACGAAAGGAUGAGAAUACACAUCCCAUUAAACUUGAACAUGCUGAUUCAGCUACAAAACCCGCCGAAAGCGACGACGAGGUCGUGGAGACGCCCAUUGAAAGACAACCCGCUGAGGAGCCGAAACCACCAUCCAGAAAAGAAAAACGCAAAGAGAAGCGCAGGCAAUUUCAGCGAAGGAAUCGAGCAAAUCAUUCUCAAAGCUCCAACCAGCAGGUGCCGCAGCCCAAGAUUAAGGUCCAAGGCGGCAACUUUGACUACAAGAACGUGGACUUCCGGCAGUUUAAGGGCGGAGCUCAAAGAGCCCGCGGCACGGAGAUCAAGCAGCAAAUGCGCGGAAAGAACCGCCCGAACAACCGCAACAUUAAGCAGUUUAAUAAGCUCUUUACAUUUAGCAAUGUAAAGCCAGAGGGGAAAAAAUAAACUGGAACUCUGACAAGUUAUCCGAAAGGAUAUGAUAGGUUCAAAAGUUCAAAUUGCAGUUGAGGUCAAUAGUGAAGUUGAUUUGACAUUUAUUUUGAAUUAUUUUUACACGUUUUUUCGUUACAAAAAUAUACCCUUCAAUUUUGAAAAUAUUUUCCUAUAAUAUACCUAUUAAUUAACAACGAUAUCUAAAAUUAGGCUAUCGGAUAUGUUUUUAAGGUUCGGUUUACAUUUUGAUCGAGCUUGGACUGA